AUGGAGUCAGAGCGCGAGAACGACCCAUCUGCGACCACUGCACCGGGAGCUGCGCCUCCUCCAGCCGCCGAGAGCGCGGCUCCUCCUCGCACCCCCGCCGACGCCGCUGCCCAAGAGGAGCUCGUGCGCCACAAGCGGCCCCGUGCAGCCCUCGACCCGUCCACGCCCAAGGGCGACGAAGACGAGAGCAAGCGCCUGUCCGGCAGCACGCCGGUCGCCAAGAAGGGCCGUGUCGAGGGUGACGAGGACAUCGUCUCGGACAACGACCGUGCGACCUCCCCACCUCCUGCCGCGGCCGCAGCCUCUUCUCGUCCGACGACGCCGACAAACACCUCCUCGUCCGUCGUCCCGCCAGCGACCGAGGGCAAGGACACGAAGCAGCUGCGCGAGCGCGUCCAAGCGCUCAAGCCGCCGGGCCAGACGGCCGAGAACGAGGGCGAGGCGCACGACGCCGACGUCGAGAUUGCCGAGGUUGCCGACGAGGUCGCUGCCUCUGCGGCCAAGCUCGGCGACGAGCAGGACAAGAAGGAGGAGAAGGACGUCGAGAUUGCCGAGGUCGCGGCCGAGGUCGGCAAGUCGGCGCAGAACCUGGCCAAGGAGGACGAGCGGGACAUGCAGGACGUCGAGGACGGUGUCGGCGAGGGCGUGUCGAAGGCCAAGGCGGACGUGGCGGCCGAGGUCGGCGAGUCGGCGGCCAAGGUGCAGGCGCAGGACGAGCGCAUCGCCGACGACGCGAGCGAGGUUGCCGAGGCGGCCGUCGCCGCACCCGAGGAGACGCCCAAGCCGUCGACGGCUGUCGCACCGUUCGAGCCCAAGCCGCAGUCGACCUUCGCCAGCUACUCGUCGACCGCCUCGCCCUUCUCCGCCUUUGCCUCGUCCGCCUCUCCGCUCUCUUCUCUCUCGACGCCGACCAAGCCUGCCGCCGAGGCGCAGAAGCCCAAGGCCAAGUCGGCGUUCACCGCCUCGCCCUUCCUCUCGACGACCGCACCUCCCGCCACCCCUUCCGCCUCGAGCUCGACCGCGACGUCAACGUCGAAGGCGAGCGACCUCAAGGCCGACGUCAAGCCUGCCGGCGAGCGGCCGACGACCCCGUUCACCAAGUCGGCGGCGACGACCAACCUCGCGGCGGCGUCGCCGUUCUCGGCCUUCUCGGCGUCGAGCGGCUUCGCCUCGGCGACCAAGUCGAGCGGCGCGUCGGCCUUUAGCGCCUUCUCGGCCGCGCCGUCGGCGUUCUCGAGUGUCCCGCCGACGCCCGCCAAGCCGAGCGCGGCUGGCGGCGAGGCCGCCGACGCCUCGUCCUCGGCCGACGCCGGCGGUGCGUCCGCCGGCGCCCCGAACGAUGCCGACGCUCCCGAGCGCGUCGUCUACACGAAGCAGGAGACGGUCACGGGCGAGGAGGAGGAGCGGCUGCUGCACAGCGUGCGGUGCAAGCUGUACGCGAUGAACGAGGGCCAGUGGGCCGAGAGGGGGACGGGCAACCUCAAGCUCAACGAGACCAACAAGGACGACGGCAACAAGGGCGCGAGGCUGCUCAUGCGCGCCGACGCGACGCACCGCCUCCUCCUCAACGCGCCGCUCUUCAAGGCCUUCUCGAUCGAGGUGCACAGCGAGAAGUAUGUGCGCUUCUCGGUCAUCGAGGGCUCGACCCCGACGAGCUACAUGCUGCGCCUCGGCAACCCUGCGGCGGCAUCGACCCUCGUCCAGGCCGUGCAGGACAAGGUCGCUACGCUCUGACCUCGUCGCCAUCCUCUUCCUCGCCUCGAGCCCGCCCUAUACUCUACUCGCGCGAGAUUUUGCGUCCUGUGCUUCCUCUCUUUCGUUCUCUGCCGCGAUGGCGGCGUGUCUCAUUAUGCAACUCGUCGUUCGUGCCCGUUC